CCAGUGAUGGCUUGCGUUGCCGAUGAAAUAGACCUGUGUACUGACAUGAGUAAAGCAACAAUAGAGCCAUUAACUGAUCCCAAAGACACUGGAUUGAUCAUUGCCGAUCCUGAUAAGAUAAAACAGGUCAUGAAGAUAAUGAAAGAUGAAGAUAAAUCAAAUGUGGAUCUGGAUGAAAAGUUAAGUUCUCUUAUGGGUGAGAAUGUGUUUGUUAGAGAAAUAAUAAACCAAAGUACUAAAGCUAUAGCUGAUGCUGAAGAAGAGUUGCAUGUGAAAUGCAUGUUGGAGGAUCUGGGAUAUGGAAAAGAAGACAGUGACUCUUAUGGAGAUGGGGAACAAUCCCAACUGUUUGGCGCUGAAGCUAUGAAAAUGCAGGCUCAAAGUGCUCAAAGGAUGGACUAUGAUUUCGAGCACAACACUCGUCUGUCUGAGUGGUCCAAAGCAUGUUACGAGGGCAACAAAGCUGCUGUCAUUGAACUUUUGAACAAAGCUACUGCCAUUUCCAACACAGAGGUCAUGCACUUAAUUGAGAAAAGAGAAUCACUUAUGCGGGUUUGUGGCUUGUUUCAUAUAGUUUUUGGAGUAAGAAAGAAUCCAAGCAAGUCACAUGUAGAAAUCGCCAAAUUAUUAAUUGAGAAAGGUGCUAGAGUCAAUGCUAAAGAUGUUGGAGGAUCAACAUCUCUCAAUCACUGCAUGUCUCAGUUUGGGAAUCCUUAUUCUCUGGAAAUAGCCAGAAUGUUGGUUGCCAAUGGAGCUGAUGUCAAUUCCACCAACAGAUUUGGUUCAACAGCUCUCUUUGAACCUUGUAUCACUUUGAAUUAUGAGUACAUUGAGUUUCUUGUCUGCCACGGUUGCAAUCCAAAGCAUGUUGAUAGUUUUGGGGUCUCUUGUUAUGCAUAUGCAUCGAUGAAUCAGAAAAUAGCUUCUAUUUUCUCUAAAGGAAACUGCCGAUUAGCUGAAAAAGAAAAGUGGAUAUUAAAACUAUCAGGCAAGGAAAAUCUUGUGGAUGCAUGCUCAAACUGUGGAGCUAAAGAUAAGGUUCUGAAGAAAUGUUCAGGAUGUCUUGUGGUUGGGUAUUGCAGCACUGCUUGCCAAAAGAACCAUUGGAAAGCUCAUAAAAGACCCUGUAAAGCAAAACAAACUGAGAACAAGAGGAAUGACAUGGUUUUAGUGUUUCAUCCAGUAACUGAACCAGGGAAAGGUGAGAAGCCUAAGAGAGGCAAACAGCUGUCUGAUGGUAAAAACGUGAUUCUAUGUGAGGAGAAAGCUAUGAGAGUUAAAGUUCAGGCUGUAGUCGGAGGACAAGGAGCCCGUGCUGACAGGCCUCUUAUAGUAUACGACAAACAACGUUCCUACCAGGCCACCAUUCUACCUUCAGAGGAGAAUUUCAAGAAGUUGUUUGAUAUGAUACAGGAUAAGGGGUACGGUGGGAUAAUACUUUACUUUACUGCUACUCUUAAGAAGACCUCUGAUUUACAUGUCAAUAUUAGUGAGACACAUCCUGAAACUUGGUAGUACUUAUCUCUACUUAUAUAAGUAAAGAGGAGUAUGUACUUAUUAAAAUACUGAUGUUACAUUAUAUUAUUAUCUUUAUAUACUUUCAUACUGACUAAUAUAGUUUACAUUGUGAAAAUGUUUUAAUGCUUCUUAAAUUAUGUACUUUAAUCUUAAAUUGACGAUGACAUUGGUUUAUAUGAAUAAUGAAACUGGUUUGUACAUGAUUAAAAGGUUUACCAUGAUCAUUUAUAUUAAUUCGUAGUUUUAUGAUUAUGGUUUAAGGUUUUAGAGUUAAAAGUUAUAUCUGUUUAAAUAAUUGUUUGAUAGUUUUUCAUAAUAAUUUAUUUGUAAUUAUCAUGCAUGUUUUCUACCAUCUAGAUUUUUUGGCUGCAUUACUUUAUUGACAAUCAUAAUAUAUCCUGAAGAUUGAAUUUAUUAAACUGUUUUGAUCACAUUUUAUGACAUCUUUAUUUUAUGUUUAAAAUUCUACAGGACGUAAAUUAUGUAUUUGAUGCUUAUACUUAAAUGGGUUUUAGAAAGAAAUUUUUUUCAUUGAAAAUGUAAUUUUUAUUUUUAUAUUUCUAGAUCUUGUAAACUCUUUUAUAAUGAAAACUUAUUACUUGUUUCCUUUGAUUAUAGGGAUUUGAAA